AUGGCUGCAGGGGAUAUACCAGAAACAGAUACUCCUUUGUUUUUGGCAACUAAAUCAGGCUGUGUAGACAUUGCUGAAGAAAUACAGAAACGUUACCCCCAAGCAGUUGAGCAUAUUGAUGACAAAGGGCGGAACAUAUUGCAUAUAGCUAUAAGUAUCCGUGUGAAGUCAAAGAUCCCACCCCAUUUCCAUGGACAUGAUCGUAACGAUAAGAAGCUGACCGCUGAGCAAUUUUUUAAUAAAGAACUCCGAACAUCUGCAACAGAAUGGAUAAAGCGGACCUCAGAAGGAUGCACCGUUGUCGCAGUACUCAUUGCUACCGUUGCCUUCGCUGCAGCCUACACAGUACCUGGAGGUCCAAAUAGUCAGGCAGGCACUCCAGUCCUCGUCAACAAACCUUUCUUUGUGGUUUUUACUGCGACUGAUGUAUUGUCCCUUUCAUUUGCUUUGACAUCAGUGAAGGUAUUCAAAUUUCUUGCAGGAAAAAUUUCUGGCUACAAUUUAGCUAAUCAACAACUCUUCCUCCAGAGGAGUGAUGGAAGCACCAUUCUACAUGUCGCCGUCGUUAAUGAGCACUUCGAUUUGGCCCUGCUCGUUGCCGAAAUGUUCCCACACUUGGUUGGUGAACGAGACGCAGAUGGAAUGACUGAUCUUCAGCUUCUAUCAUGCGACUCUGGAGCUUUUGAACGAGAGGACAAAAGGGAAUUUUUCAGGCAAAUCAUCAAUUUUGUCAACUCAUAUUUUACUUCAGCCAAACAGCGAAAGCCUACUAGAUAUGAGUCAGCAUUGAAGCUUGCUAAGUUCUUAAUAGAAAGAGAUCUCUCAUGGGAAGCAACUUAUCUUGGAAUAGACCAGGGAAAGCCUACGCUCCACAAAUUUGGUGAGAGUCCUGGCCCAGAGAAGGGAAUUGGACAAGCCCCCUUAUUAAUGACUUCACUUGGUCUAGGGGAUCAAGUGCCAGAAACAGAUACUCCUUUGUUUUUGGCAACUAAGACAGGCUGCAUAGACAUUGCUGAAGAAAUACUGAAAUGUUACCCCCAGGCAAUUGAGCAUAUUGAUGAUAAAGGACGUAACAUAUUGCAUAUAGCUAUCAGGCACCGCCGAUUAAAGAUUUUUGAGGUUGUAGCAAAACAAGAAGUGCCCAUGAAGAGGCUAGUACGCAAAUUUGACAACGAAGGAAAUUCCGUACUUCAUAUAGUUGGAUUGAAAAGAAAAGAGUAUAUAGCUGAGAAAAUACGUGGCCCUGCACUUGAACUGCGAGAGGAAAUGCAAUGGUUUAAGCGUGUGGAGUCAGUCAUCCCAAGCCAUUUCAAGGAACACCGUAAUGAUAUGAAGCUGACCGCUUGGGGCUUAUUUCAUCAAACAAACAAUGAGCUCCGAACAACAUCAGCAGAAUGGCUGAAGCGAACCUCAGAAGGAUGCACCGUUGUCGCAGUUCUCAUUGCUACUGUUGCCUUUGCUGCAGCAUACACGGUACCUGGAGGUCCUAACACUCAGACUGGUGCUCCAAUCCUCGUCAAUAAACCUUUCUUUGUGGUUUUUACGGUGACCGAUGUCCUGUCCCUUUCAUUUGCUUUGACAUCGGUAGUAAUAUUUCUAUCAAUCGUCUCAUCACCUUUUCGACUAAUAGACUUCAAGGAAUCUCUUCCGAACAAGCUAAUGCUAGGCUUCACAUUUCUGUUCUUGUCCGUGUCCAUGAUGAUGUUUGCGUUUGCAGCAACUGUCCUCCUCAUGAUACAAAAUAGGGAAAGCUGGACUAAAGUCAUCCUAUAUGCACUUUCUUUCCUGCCAGUCGGAAUUUUCGCACUUUCAUAUUUCCCUCUCUAUGUAUCUCUAUCAGAUACCUACAAGUACUUGCUGAAAGAGUUGAGACGGUCAAUCCCUUGGAAACUUAUUGUUGUGGUGCUAUCUCUUCCAACAUAUUUGUUUGGCUGUCGUAAACAUCGAAACGCCAAUUCCCUUGAACUCCCUCAACAUCGACCGGCCACUUCCAACCGGCACCGGUAGGCGUACGUACAAGAUUGCCUGCCGUUUUGAAUACAUAUAACUUGGCCAGCUGCUUUGAGGUUUGAGCUAUGGAAUGUCCCUCAAACUACUUGAGUUGGAUAUAAUGUGUUGAUGUGUGGGUAUUUAAUUUGUUUGGCUUUAUUUAUCUUGGUCAUGCGAUGCCCUAGCUGUUGUGGUUGUAACUUGUAGUAAAUGUUUGGUCAUGUUUGUUUUCUCGCUUGUGAUCGUAUAGUAAGUACUCAAUUUGUGGUUAAUUUGCGAGGUUCUCCAGCUUUGUA